AACCCCUUUAUUAGAAAUAUUUUCUCAUAUUUUAGUUUGUUUUUUUAAAUAUUUUUUUUUAAAUAGAAUAAUAAUUUUUAAAACUUUAAGAACUCUAAAAUUGCGAUGAGUUAGAGGCAAUAUCUGUGUAUCAAUAAUAAGGCAUAUUUCCUCACUAUUAUAUCUUCUGAUUAUUAUAUAUUCUUAUAUUUUUUAUUCUUAUUAUUUAAUAAUGUUCAGGUUAACUUAAGAAAUGAAUACAUAUUGAAUUUAAAAUUUGUUGCAAAAUAUAUUCUUCUUAGCUUUAUUACCACAAUAACAAUCCGCACCUCAUCAAAUAAUAUGAACUAUUGAAUUGGUAAUGUGGAAUUAAAAUUCUUUUGUCUUUUUGUUCUUCAAAUAGUUAAGCAAAAAUCUGUAAAUAUUAAAUUAUUUAUGUUUCAUACUUUACUGUUGCUUUGAAAUUUGAGUAAAAUAUAGUGGGAAUCAGGUAAUACUAUCUACUCUGGCAUUGCCAGGAUACUAAUCAGAAUAUGUUUUUGUCUAAUUGCCCUUAGAAUUUAUCACUCCUUUCCCAAAUUGAUAAUAUAAUUAUUGAACUAAACUAGACAACAGUAUCAUAUUAUUUAAAAAAAGAAAGAAAUAUACUAAGGAUCUGUGAAAUACAUGCAUUAGUUGUAAAUUUAUGUUUUAGAUAUGUAGGAUUUCUUAAAGAAAAAAAUUCAUUACUAAAAUUUAAAGUUGUUUACAAUUUUAUGAUGAAUUUAAAAAAAAAAAACUUUUUAUCUUUAAAUAGUUAAUGAAUCUGCAGAGAAUUACUCUACAUCCAUGUUCUGCAUUUCUGCUUUUUUCAUUUAUUUCCUUUUAGUUAAAAUGAUAAAUUACUGAUGUGGUAAUUGUCUUCAUACUUUUGGUAAUAUAAUUCAUUUUCCGAAUGAAAUAUAAACAAUAACAUUAUCAUUAUCAUUUUUUGUUUUAUUAUUUUAUAGGGAAAAGUUUUGUAUUGAUUUUUUUCUUAGAAUUAAACUUUUGGUAGUUAUUUUCAACUUUUUUCUAUUAACAGGAGCUGUGACUGCCAAGAAGUAUCAUUACAUUGUUAUUUAACUCCAAUUAACUAGUGAAUAAUGUUUUCAUUCAUAGUAUUUAGGAGAUUUUUUUUUUAUAAUUCAUAAGCAGUUGAUUGUUUAUUUUGUAAUUUAUGUUUAUUUACAUAACUUAAGCCGAGCCACUGUGCUGAGAAUUGAAUAUUGUCAUUAAUGUUUUAUUAUUCAAUUUAGUCAUCAUCCUUUAUUACUAUUUGUAUUGUAGAUUCUAAGAAUGUUUACAGAGCUUCUCAUUCAUUUCCCUUAAAGAUAUUAUUUGUAAAGAUUCAUACAAAUUAUUUGUAAACUUGAUGUACAUUUUAUCAUUAAUUUAUUUAAUCAGUUAUUUCAAAACCUUGUUUUUACCUAAUAGUUUUCAGUGCUUAAUAUUUAAAUAAACUAGAAGCUAAAAUAAUAGUUUUAUUAUUUUUAUUUCUUUUGGAAAAUUAAUUAUAACAAUACAAAAGUAUACAAAGCAAAACACAAUAGUCUUGAGAUGCUUUUCAUUUGACAAUAAAGUAAUUACUUGCUUUUUAAUUCCUAGACAUAUUUUUAAAGGCUUUUAAUUUGUUUAUUGAAUUAUUUCAUUAAAAUAAAUUUUCAAAUUUAAUCAAAACCAAUUUUACUUUAAAGAACAAUGGAAAGUAGUAUCAUUUUGUACUAUUUUUGUGGUACUUCUCUUAUAUGUAAAAUAAAUAUUUGUAUAAUAAAUAAUUUUUUCCUGUUCCUAAACUUCACUUAAUUAAUUUUUCGUAUAAUUACGUUCAAUUUGAAUUUCCUCCGACGGCUAUAUUUCGCUGAAAGUAAUAAAUUAGAAUCGUGUUUUCAAAAAAAUCAUUUAUUUUGAAAAUUUUAGAACAUGGGUACCUUGUUUCAUUAUAGGCACAGGUUAGGUGUUUAAAGGUUUCUAUGCAGUUCUAGUUCGGUUGACUCUGUUAGAAAUCUGAUCAGUUUUUUUUUUUAAUUUACUUUCCUUUUGACGUUUUCCUUUAAUUCUUUUUUAUUUUUUAUUUUAAUUUUGUGAAUAAAUCAGUUUUUUGUGUGUAAGCGGGAAUUUUUAGUUACUAGCGCGGUGGUUUGGGUAAGUGCCUAUGGACGGUCAUAACAAGCUUCGAAAGAGUUAAGUCGUUGAUCACUGGAACAAAGAUGCUGUGAUUGAUUUUUAACAUUUAAAACAUGGAAGAAGCUGUAUUAGGUGGGACGGAUUUUAAUAUCCACAAAUUAAUGAUUAACAAUCAAGAUAAAACAGAAUGGAAAAAAUCAUCUCCAUUAAAGACCUAUAGUAAAAAGACUACUCCAACCAAUGACGGAAAGAGUAGGUAUGGUAGAUCUCACAAACCUAGAUUAUCUGGAGACUUUUUGUCCACCGACAAGAAAGUAAGUCAGUAUUUAAGAAUAGAUGUUGACAAUCAGAUGCACUAUUUUAAAGCCUCACCGUAUGCUGUUCAAAAAACCCCAAUUAAGAGUCCUCCUGUGGGUACUCCUGGGAAAAGAGGUCGGAAACCUAAGGCUGUAACAUUAUUAAAACAAGAAAACAGAUUAAGCCACAACUUAGGUGAUUUUAAUGUCAAAACUAGUCAUCCAGUUAGUAAUAUAAAUGACAUAGAAGCUCCAGUUCCAACUUCUACUGAAACAUUACCUCUACCUGACCAACUGAUAAUCCCUAAAGAUGAACAGUAUUCAGACUCAGAAGAAUUUAUCAAUGACGGUGAUUGGAAUGUAGGAGAUUUGGCUUGGGCCUGCGUAGGUGGUUUUCCAUACUGGCCAUGUGCAAUCACAAAAGACCCUGUUGAACUUUGCUUCAAGAAAGUAAAAAUUUUAGGUAAAAAUCGGCAGCCUAAGGAAUGCAUACAUGUAAGAUUUUUUGGAGAUAAAGGAAGAAGAAGUUGGAUAAUGGCAUCACACAUCCUACCGUUUCAUGGUCUUGAUUCUUUUUUAUCUUUGGCUGAAGAAACUUGUACUGCAGUUGUUAAAAAGAAGGAUCCGAGACUCUACCGUUCUUUUACUGUGUUACCAUCUGUAAGAAAAGCGUGGCAAGCAGCAGUCAGUGAAGCAGAAAGUUUGAUGGAAUCCCCUAGGCAUGAGCGGGUAAUGUACUUCAUGAACCUUUAUCCCUCUCCUCCUCCGGAGGCACAACUGCCUAGUGGGGGAGAAAAUCUCGUCAAACCGGAACUAAAAAAAAGAGGCCGCAAAAGAAAAUCUGAACUUCCAGUUACGCCCAUUGCAGAGAAGAAAAUUAAAUAUGAAUCUAUAGAUGAGGCCUUAGAAUCAGUUUCAGCAACCACACAAGCUGUACCUCCUUCCAGUGAUAUUCCAGCUGCCGAGGUGGCUAUUAAGAAGGAGCCAGUUACUCCUAUCAAAGAAAUGCCCAAAUCUGAAACUGCAUUUUCACCCUCUACGACUCCUCAGUCGCAGCUCACAGCAAAAGUGGAAACUGGAUCAGCAUCAGCCGUUAAACCAGUAAAUUCACGGGAGUCAAUGAAAAAUGUUGAGGGAGAGUCUAUUGCUAAAAUCAAAAGUGAACCAAAAAGUGGCCCACCGACGGGUAAGAAGCGAGGAAGACCCCCUGGAAGAAGGAAAAAGAGUAGUGAAGAUGAUUUUGAUUUUACACCUUUGAAAAGGAAGUAUGUUAAGAAAUGUUCAAAUGAUUUGAGGCUGAGGGAAAACAGAACUAAGAAAAAGACAUUCAACUUUGAUAUGAAAAAAAUGAAAAAACUUCGAGAUCCAGCUUUUGAAGUUUUCUAUGAGAAAAAUUUUGAUCGUGUUUCUGAUGAAAACCCUGAACUUUCAGAAGAAGAUAUUGAUAAAUUUAUUGAAAAGAUGUGGAAAGAAGUUAAAGAAAAGCAAUCAACAUUUAAAGCUAGGUCGAGGGACGGUGCAGAACGUGGUUGCAGUGACAGUGGCGCAGACUCUAAGUCUGAAACAAGUUCUCGCAGUGAUUCCCCACCUCCCCUCAUUUUACCUUCUGUCAAAACUGUCUUCAAACGAGGUAUUUCAUUGUUCAGUGGCAUAAAGGGUGAAAAAGUCUGCCAGGUAUGCUUCAAAGGCGGUGAUGUUUUGAAAUGCCGUGGACCUUGUGGCCAGCAGUUUCAUAUAGGAUGUGUUGCUAAACUGAGUGGUGACCAACCGCAUAUUAAAGAAGAAGAUAUAAAAAAAGAAGAAAUAAUUUUAAAGAAGAAGAGAGGUCGGCCCCGCAAGUCUCUUCCACCACCAAUUAACAACUCAAUUGAUUCUUCAGACGUGAAACCUGUAGAAAAUAAUAACGAAGACACCAAACCUGUUAUUAGUCAUGACACUGAUGUCAAACCUAUUCUUGGAGGUGACAGUGUCAAACCGGUAAUGGAGAAUGGUGAAGUAGAAGACAUUAAACCUGUUAUUGAUAAUAAUUCUGUGAGCACUGUGGAAAGUGUUGCUAAUUCAUGUAUUGCUGAGUUAGAAGAGCAGUUACAGAAAAAUGUUCCAUGUGAUAAGUUAACUGGUGGUAAUGACAGUUGUGAUAAAACCGACAUAGAUGAAGGCAAUACCAAAAUGAAUGACGAAAAUUCUGUUAAGAAGCCUGAUAUCAAUUCAGAAUUAACAGAUAUAGAAAAUAUUGAUUUAGAACCAACUUUAAAUGACAAAGGUAAUACUGAUUUGUCUGAUAAUUCAGUUAACGAACCUGAUCAAGAAUCUCUUGACCUUAAUUUGGGAUUAGAUUUAAAUGAUGAAGAAUGCAUCAACAAUAAAGAGAAAGGAGGACAAGACGUUAGUUGUAGCAACAGUAAUGAUAGCAAAGUCGACAUAGCGGAAACUAAUGAAUCUAUUGAAGAAGAAUUGCGCAAUUCUGAAUUCAAUGCAAAAGUAGACGAUUCUUUAGAUAAUAAGUCAUCUUUAGAAAGUAACGAUGAAGUGACCAUAAAUUCAGUGUCUUCGUGUGACAGUUCGUCUAAAGAUUCUUCUGAUGUUCCAAAAGCAGAAGCCAUUGAAAUCGCAAGAAAAGACAAUUUAAAGUUGUUAGGAACUCUUCGAGGGGAUUCAUUUGAAUCUGAGUCUUCCAAUAAUAACAUGUUAGUUGUUGAUGAUUCUUCAGCAGAUGAUAGGUUGAUGAUAGAAGAGUCGCCAGCUAAUGAGGCUCAAGAUUCUUCAUCUGAUGCCAAUAACGAAACCAUAAUUAAAGAUAACAUUCCAUCAGUGAACUGUGGAGAAAUUAAAGAACAUAUUGAAAAACCAUCCACACCAAUAUUAGACAUGCCAAUAAUUGACUUUGCUGAUAUUACUGACAACGAUCAGAAUGAGCCAAUUUUAAUUAAUGCUGACAAUAAAGGUACAUCUGUGCCAAUGGAUAGUGACAAUUCACUAUACUCCACACAGACCCCUAGUGACAUAGGUUUGCUUAAAAAUGCUACGGAAGUAACAACAGAAACACCUACUGUUUCUAGUCCAAUGGAGAGUUCUGACAGCAUGAUGGAACAAGAUGAAAAGGAAAUUAUUAGCCAAGAAGAAAAAAAUUCUUCUCAAAAAGAAAGGAGUUCUUCUCAAGAGGAAAAGAGUUCUCAAGAAGAAAACAAUUCUUCUCAAGAGGAAAAGAAUUCUCAAGAAGAAAAGAGUUCUUCUCAAGAGGAAAAGAGUUCAUCUCAAGAAGAAAAGAGUUCUCAAAAAGAAAGAAGUUCUUCUCAAGAGGAAAAGAGUUCUUCUCAAGAAGAAAAAGAGAGUUCUUCAGGUGAAGAAAUUUCAAACAAGGUAUCGAAACCAUCAAAAAAAGAAGACAAAGACAAUGUGAAGAGAUAUUCGAAAGCAGGCAAAUCGAAGGGGCCAGGAAAAGAAUCUAAAGAUGAUAGUGAAAACUCAGCCAAGAGUAGCGACACAGAUUCUGAUAAAACCAAAAACAAGGGUUGGAUGUGUAAUACAUGUACCGAAGGUAAAGUUGGCCCUUGCUUCAUUUGUGCUAAGGAUGAGGGUGAUAGAUUGAGAUGUGGUUAUUGUGGCAAAGUAUAUCAUCUGAAAUGUGCCAAAGAGUGGCCGCAGUCCCAGAUUUCAGAGACUGCGAAGGGUCGUCUCAUUUUCCACUGUCCACAGCAUGUAUGCCACACUUGCAUAUCAGACAAUCCCUCGAGUGUCUGUGCCAGGUUCACUAAUGACAGGCUUGUGCGCUGUGUCAAGUGUCCUUCUACAUAUCAUUAUGGUAAUUACUGUAUUCCUGCUGGCUCUGAAAUAUUGAGCAUAUCUCAACUAAUUUGUCCCAAGCACUAUGUGCCCCACAGGAAAGGACUUCAUCAUGUCAAUGCAUCGUGGUGUUUUAUUUGUGCUAUCGCGCAACCAAUUGCAGGAGGAUCGCUGAUUUGCUGCGACCUAUGCCCCAACAGCUUUCAUGCAGAAUGUCUCAAGAUUAGCCCUCCCGAAGGCGCGUUCAUUUGUGAGGACUGUGAAACUGGGCGAUAUCCUCUAUUUGGAGAAAUCGUUUGGGUCAAGUUAGGAACUUACAGAUGGUGGCCAGCCAAGAUUCUUUAUCCCCAAGAAGUUCCAGAAAAUAUUAACCAGUUAGCUCAUACCAGUGGUGAAUUUGCUGUAGAAUUUUUCGGCACUCAUGACUAUUAUUGGGUCAAUCGGGGGAGAGUAUUCCUUUAUCAUGAAGGCGACGGGUGCAAAAUAGUUAGUAAAUCAAGAGUGGAUGAGCUGUUUACGCGUGGUGUACAAGAGGCUUCCGAAGCCUUCCUUAAAUGGACAGAAGAGAGAGCCAACAGAGAAGCCACUUCAAGGCCUUCCAUGAAACCUCCCAAGUAUGUGAAGAUCCAGUCAAAUAGAUUCUAUGGAAAUGUUAACAAAGUGCAAGAUUCGAAGGAGAAUGUUGCUACUACUUGCGAUUGUGACCCGUCCAAGCCUAAUCCUUGUGGGCCCGAGUCAGAUUGCAUCAAUAGGUUGCUGAUGGUUGAAUGCAACCCCCAGGUCUGCCCUGCUGGUGAGAACUGCUGUAACCAAAACUUUGAGAAGAAAAACUACCCCAACCUUGUCCCCUACAAGACAGAAACUCGAGGUUGGGGCCUUAAAACAUUAGAUCCUAUACCUAAGGGUGGCUUCAUCAUUGAAUAUGUUGGUGAAAUGAUUGAUGAAGAAGAGUACCGUAAAAGACUGGCAACCAUGCAACAGAACAAAGAUGAGAACUUUUAUUUCCUCACCAUUGACAAAGAUCGCAUGUUAGAUGCCGGACCAAAGGGAAAUGUUGCAAGGUUUAUGAACCACUCCUGUGAUCCAAACUGUGAAACCCAAAAGUGGACUGUUAACGGGGAUACUCGGGUCGGUCUGUUUGCACUGGAGGAUGUAAAAGCAGGAACUGAAUUAGUUUUCAACUAUAACUUGGAAACUAUUGGUAAUACAAAGGUAGAAUGCAAAUGCGGUGCUUCGAACUGUGCUGGCUAUAUAGGUGCCAAGAACCUUUCAAAACCCAACAAUAACAAACCAAAGAAUCGAGAUGGGGGAACAGAAGAUAAGAAAAGUGUUGUGAAGAAGAAAAAAAGGAAAUCCAAUAAAGCCAACAAACACACUGAGGACACCUGCUUCACCUGUGGUAACGGAGGUGAGCUUCUGCUCUGCGACGACGCCACUUGUCCUAAGGCAUAUCAUCUCUCCUGCCUUGGGCUCACCAAGCACCCUGCCGGUGGUUGGGUCUGUCCUUGGCAUCAGUGUAGUGUUUGUAGCGCUACAAAAGUUCAACGCUGUACACUAUGUAUAAACUCUUAUUGCAGCGAGCAUGCGGAGGGUAACAUCUCCCUUAACAGGAACCAUGGCCUUCUCUGCUUUUCACAUAAUCUGUCCGACAGCGGAUCUGAUUGGAGUGGAGCUAGUGAUGACGAAGAUUCGAAUAAGGUCAAAUCUGCCACCAGGAAAUAUGCUCGGUCGAAAAUAGUCAAUGGCCAUGCUGAUUAGCGGUUAUUUAGAGACUGUUAUUUUUAUUAUUAGGCUUAAUUUGUUUUAAAUAUUAUGGAAAAGAACCGGUUCUUUUCCUCAAAUGAAUUUUUUUAUAUGUGCCUCUAUGAAAGCAAGUUAAAUAUUUUAUGUAAUAAGUUGAACAUUAUAUUUUAUACAUAUAUACAUAUAUAUAUAUAUUAAUUAUUUAUAUUUUAAAUUCCUAUCCAAUGAAAAAAAAAAAAAUUAGGGACUUACAGUAUACUUAUUUUUAAUGAUCUGGAAAUGAUCAUAAACAUUUUUGUUAAAGAGAAAAUGUUCAUAUUUGUAAAGCAGUUUAGUAAUGGAAAGAUCGGAAUAAUAUGCUUUGUUGUUACCAAAUAAAAUUGAUCCCUGCAUUUUUAGUGAUUAUUUAAAUAUCAUAACAAUUUCUCUAUUUUAUGAAAAUUUAUUGUUUUGUAAAGCACUUUUAUUUUUUAAUAAACACGUGUCGUUUCUUUAUAAUUAUGUUGAUUUAUUAUUAUUUUCUUUGAAUUGAUUGCAUAUAGUUGUUAGUUCUAAUGCAGUAAAAUUUUGUUUAAGAUUUUUUUUUUUGUUUAGAAACUGGUAGGUCUUAGUAGAAAAGUGUAGUGUUGAUCUUUUUAUCUGUACAUAGUGUUAUUAUUGUAAUUGUAUAUGUAUAUCAUUAUUGGAAUUGAUUUCUAAGAAAAAAAAAAGUUGAAAAAAAAUUAACGUUAAUUAUUGUACCAAAUUUAUACAAGUUGAAAAGACUUUGCAUUCUAAUGCAAAAGAGAUUUAUUUUUGUUGAUCUCGCCUGAUAACUUUUACAAACGUACAUAUAUUAUAGUUACUAAUAAAAUGGAUAUAAUUCAAUUCUGUAAGUAUUUAAGGAAAUUAAUAGGGAAGAAGAAAAAUAUAAAGGAAACAGCUAUUUUGUACAAACAACGUGUAUAAUUAAUUUAAUUAAUUUAAUAAUUAUAAAGCAGAAAUAAUAAAAAAAUUAAAUAUAUAUCUUCAUGCUGGUUGUUUCUUUCUGAGAAUGACAAAUCCUUCCAUAACAGGUGUGAGAGGAGUAUAAUCCUCGGUGGCCAGUUCAGCACGUUCACCAACAGCGAGCAGCACAGGAGUAGUGUGAGUAUGGACACCAGCUAUCGUCUUUGGAGUUCCAGCUUUACCAAUCACAUUCACAGCCUAAU